AUGCCUGUCUUGAUCUUGAUGCGAGAUGAUACAAAGAGCGCCUUGACCGCCGAGGCAGAGGCGAACGAGCUUGCGUCACUCGAGAUCGAACUCAACGCUAUGGACCUGGAAGCGCAGGCCGCCAAGCUCCAUCCCGGAAAGACCAAACCUCUUGGACGCAUCGAUGCCCGCUCGCUCGCCAUGGGCGGUAUGAACGUCCAUGUCCCGAUCGACUUUGAGGACGGCACGAAAUGGCUCGCCAGAAUACGGCAAAAACGGUUCGACUCGCCUCCUCCUGCCAUCUCUCGGACCAUCAUGGAGAGAGAGAUAUGCACCAUGCAGGCGCUCAAGCGAGCGGGGGUAGCGGUUCCGGCCGUACGCGUGCCUCAGGACACUGGAAGCCCGGCCAAUUUCUUCUUCCUCGACUUCACUCAGGGACGCAUGUGCGGCGCACCAUUCACCUCGGACUACCUCACACCAGAGCAGAUGCGCGCCCGUAUCACGUCUUACGCCAAGACCUCUGCUCAGAUCGCCAAUGUCUCUUUCACCGGUAUAGGCAGUCUUCAGCCUUCCAAGGACGGCGAACCAACAGUUGGACCCCUCAUCAGCCUUGACUUCUGCAGUAGCGCAUAUCCUCACUUCCUCGGACCCUUCCGUACCAACAGGGAACGUUAUACAGCGCUCAUCGACGCCACUCUCGAUCAGCUGCGGGACGGUGAGGGGAUUAGGAAAGGAUCAGAGGGGAUGUACUAUACCCAUCUCUGGCUCAGGGACCUGGUGCAGGGGAUAGAGGAGCUUGACAGAGAGGAGCCGACGUACAUCAAGCAUGCGGACGAUAAGGGGGAUCAGGUGCUAGUCAAUGAUGAGCAGGAGGUUAUGGGCAUCAUUGACUGGGAAUGGGCAUACACCGCACCCAAAGCCGAAGCUUUCGCCGCUCCUCUCGCCCUCGUCAAUAUCGACGCCUUCUUCAGCGGAUCUAACGACCCCUCAGACGAAGAGACACAGCUCGCACAUGCGUACGAUGCCCUAGGCAGGGUCGACCUCGGGGACUGCGUGAGAGGCGGCAAGCUGUACCAGCGGCUUGAUCAGUGUCUGGGGCGCCAGCCGGAUCUGGUCAUGUUGCAGGCGCUGGGCGAGCUGCUUAGCGGGAAGAAGGGGCAUGAGGGGGAUCUAAAAGAGUGGGUGGGCAGGCUGAAGGCGAGGUACGGGACGGGUUGGGCUGGCUGA